CUGAUGGGAGACACUAUGUCCAGCCCUACAGUGAAGGCAGAGGGCAUCAUGGUGCCAGAUUUGGGCAGCACACCUCCACAAGGCUGUCCGAUGCAUCGAGACAUUAAUAAAAGUUACAUUUCAAAUGCAGCUUAUGUCGAGUCGCAGGUCAGCCGAAACUCGACUGCAAACACGCAUAUAGCUGUGGCUGGAAGUCAGUGAUUUGAAUUAUUAUUUUAGAAACAGAAAUGUUAAAAAGAAAAAAAAAAACUCUGUUCAUCUGAAAGUCAUAUACACCUUGGAUAGCUUGGAGCGGGGGUGCCCCUCCACCAGAAUGUCCUAUGCAUCAGGCACCUGCACCUGCGGGUGAGAAGCUAAGGAAAGAGCCAGAUGUUCCAGCACAUCAGGACAGGGCUUAUGAAUUUGUAGAGUGUCCUAUGAAAGCUGCCAAUGGGGCUAAACCCACAAUGUCUGACAUCAAUCCAGCAAAUAUGAUGCCACCGCCUAACCAGCAACCUUCGCCUGGCCAGCCGUUUUCGCUUUCUGUUGUAAGAGAGGAAUCGACCAUCCCUCGUGCUGGAUCUGAGCAGAAGUGGGUUUAUCCCUCGGAGCAGAUGUUCUGGAAUGCCAUGCUGAGGAAAGGAUGGCGCUGGAACAAGGAUGACGUCAACCAGAAAGAUAUGUCAAACAUCAUCAGGAUUCACAACCAGAAUAAUGAGCAAGCCUGGCAGGAAAUCCUGAGAUGGGAGAAGCUCCAUUCCAAAGAAUGCCCGUGUGGACCUUCUCUUUUAAGGUUUGGUGGAAAAGCAAAAGACUUUUCUCCCAGAGCCAGAUUUCGCCACUGGAUGGGGCACGAGCUACCGUUUGACAGGCAUGACUGGAUUAUUGACCGGUGUGGAAAAGAGGUCAGAUAUGUGAUAGACUACUACGAUGGAGGCCAGGUGGCCAAGCACACUAUCCUUGAUGUGCGUCCAGCUUUUGAUUCUUUAGGAGCUGUUUGGGAUCGUAUGAAAGUGGCCUGGUGGCGUUGGACCUCCACAUGAAUGCUCUUUUGUGAUCUUUAGGACAUACUUGAACUGAUAUUUAUUUAGCUUAAUCAGUGGAAGCGUUUUUUUUGACAUGUUUUCUGUUGUAAAUGAAUAUGCAAUGACCUUAACUCAUAUUCCUGUGAUGAAUUUGGUAAGUACAUAUAGUCAAGACAAUAAAAAUGGCAAAACUGCUAUAGUGGCACUGUGUGCUGUUGUAGGCAUACAGUGUCACACAACUGAAAAUGCAUCUUUUUGUACACUACAUCUAGCGAAACAUCUUUUAAUAGUGUUAUGAAGGCAGGUGUGUAAAAUAAAAUGUAAAGUACGAUUUUUAGAACUGAUGUUGACAGAUACGUUUUGCAGCCUUGUUUUAUUUACAGUGUUAACCAUCCAAAAUGACAACGACUGCAUAAAUAGGCAGAUACGUGUUUUAUUAGUUUUCCAAUUUACUGCUGCUUUGUUGCUUAGCAGUUAUUGAUUUUUACCAUGAUUAUGUUGUUUAAAACAAAAUGCAAAGAUGAAGCAAUUAACUCUGCAGGACUGAAAUCAGAUAAAGUCAAGCAAGAACACAUGUUUUUGGUGUGUAAAUUAAUUUUCUUUUAAAGCUGUAAUUUGUAAUUGAGCUUCCCAGUAAUUCUGCUGUACAAUAAACUCAUCUAUGAAUGAGAAA